AUGAGAAACCUGUUAACUUACAAAACGUUGUUUAAAAGCACGAAAUAUUGCACAGCGCAUGCUACUGUUGCAAAACGAUCGUUUACUGAAAAUCAUGUAACGAAACCAAUAAGCAAGCAGUAUUCCAAUCAGCUAUUACAUUUCAUUAAGCAGAAAAUUAACUUAAAUGGACCGAUGAGUGUUGCUGACUAUAUGCGUCUUACAGCUUUAUCACCCAUUGGUGGCUAUUAUUCAUGUAAUGGCAGUAAAAUAUUUGGUGAAAAAGGUGAUUUCAUUACUGCUCCUGAACUAACACAAAUGUUCGGUGAACUUAUCGGUGUGUGGUGCUACUACGAACUCAUUAAUACCGGACAUAAUGGGGAAUGGCAAUUAGUGGAAAAUGGUCCUGGUACAGGGCAGUUGAUGUAUGAUAUCACAAGGACCCUGAGACAACUCAAACAGGAAUCUUUGCUUUGUGAACAUCCAUCGCAGUUCGUUGAUGGAAAGCCGUAUGUUCAACAUAAUGUGACAAAAAACGGUUUCCCGAUAUAUUGGUAUCGCAGUGUUGAUGACAUUCCUGCUAAAUUUUCUGUGUUCAUAAGCAACGAGUUUCUGGAUGCGUUACCAGUGAAUCAAUUUAAACGAGAUGACGAGGGCAAAUGGCACGAAGUAUAUGUGAAUUUAGAUAAAGAAGACAAACUUUGUUUCAUGUUAUCAAGAUCCGAAAAUCUACAUACUUUUGGUUUAUUACCAAAAAAAAUCCGUGAGGACUUAUCAAUCAAAGAAUGGGAGAUCAGCAUUGGCGCUGGUACUUACGUCAACCAGGUCGCCGAUAGUAUUACGAAAUUUGGUGGUUUUGUAUUGAUAAUAGAUUAUGGUCAUGACGGUACAAGAAAAGAUUUAUCUCUGCGAGCAUACAAAGAUCAUCAAAUUGUACAUCCUUUGGAAAAUCCUGGAGAACAUGAUAUAACUGCCGAUGUUAAUUUUGGAUAUUUGAAGAGUCUCAUCAAAGAUCGAACACUGGUUUUUGGACCAGUUAAACAACGAGAAUUUCUUGUUCAAAUGGGAAUUGGAUUAAGGCUGGAAAAAUUGUUGGCAAGUUGUAAAACAAAGGAAGAAAAAAAAAAUUUGGUUGAGUCAUGUGAAAUAUUGCUAAGUGAUAAAGGUAUGGGUGAGCGAUUCAAAGUGAUGAGUAUAUUUCCAAAAACACUAGAAAGUAUCUUAAGUCAACGUAAAGGACCGGCCGGUUUUGCAAGAGCAUGA